AUGAACGAUGUUGAUACAUCGGAUCUGAAGGAAUUGGAGAACGUGAUCUUUAUCACCUCGACAGCGGGUCAGGGUGAUUUUCCGCGCAAUGCGAAGGACUUCUACAAGGCCUUGGACGAACUCGCUCCUGGCUCGUUAUCUGGACUCAACUACUGUGUGUUUGGCUUGGGAGACCAUAGCUAUGUCCAUUUCAACCAAGCUGCGAAGAACCUAGAAGCCAAGCUGCAUUCUCUCGGAGGCGAAUGCCUUCUGCCUCUGGGACUGGGGGAUGACCGCGAUGAGGAGAAGUACGAAACAAAAUACUACGAAUGGCUUCCCUCGCUGUAUGAAAAACUGCAUGCCGAGAAAGUGGUAAAAGAUUUCCCGCCAACUCCGAAGUAUUCCGUCCAGCUCUCAAAAACCACGCAGGACAAACUCAAACCGUUCAAACCUCUUCGCAGCCAUUUGUUUCCUCUCCUCGAGGUGAGAAGAUUGACUCCUGAGGGCUAUGACCGAGACAUCCGCCAUUUCACGAUCGACCUCCAAGGUACCAAAGUAAAGUACAAUUGUGGCGACACGCUCGGCAUCUACCCCCAAAACCACAAAGAAGACGUUCUCCAACUCCUCCAUGAUCUCGAUCUCUCUCCGACCGACUUCAUCAAAAUCCAGAAAUCGGACCAAAUUCGGAGGACCUUUCUCCCCAGCACCACCACCGUCGAGACUCUCUUCACCGAGGUCCUCGACGUUUUCGGCCGUCCCACGCGCCGUUUCUACAGCCUCCUCAGCCGUUUCGCCACGAAUCCCGCGGAAAAAGCAGCCCUCGAGUCCAUGCUGACGGCCGCGGGAUCCCCGCUGGUGCAGUCGUUCCUCGCGGAAACGCUGACCUACGCGGAUAUUCUUCGGAAAUUCCCGUCGGCCAAGCCGGCAUUGCCGUUCCUGGUGGAGCUGAUUCCCACGAUGAAACCGCGGUUCUACAGCAUCGCGUCGUCGCCACUGAUGCACCCGCACACGCUCGAUCUGUGCGUGGUGGGCGUGAAUUGGAAAACGCCGUCGGGCGUGCAGCGCAGAGGCCAAUGCACUUCGUAUCUCCACGAUUUGAAAGCAGAUUCCCACACCACCAUACGCGGGGUCGUCACCCCGGGAACUAUGAAAAUGCCGCAGGAUUCGAAGGCUCCGGUGAUUAUGGCCGGGCUGGGAACAGGAAUAGCGCCAUUUAAGGCGAUCACGGAACAUCGCGUCGCGCAGGCAAGAUCGGGACUGCCGAUGGGAGACACGACGUUGUUUUAUGGCUGCAGAUAUAGAAAGGAGUUUGUUUACGGAGAUUUGUGGAAGAAGUAUCAUGAGGAGGGAGUUUUGACGCAUGUUAUUCCCGCGUUCUCGCGAGAGCAGAGUUACAAGAUUUAUGUGCAGGACAAGAUUCGGGAAAACAGCAAAUUGGUGACGGACUAUUUGAUGAACCAGGGCGGCUAUUUCUAUUAUUGCGGACUUGCCGGAAAGGCUCCCGCUGCAAUUCGUGCUGGUAUUAUCGAUGCGUUCAAGAAGGAGACUGGAAUGAGCGAGGACAAGGGCGAAGAGUAUUUGAAGCAGAUGGAAAAGGAGGGACGAUACAAUUUGGAGUGUUGGUUGGGUGUUUGUUGA